AUGACCUCUUCUGAUAAACGAACAGCGUACAAGCAACUGAGCGAAGAAGAGAAAAAACAGCAUCACAUCAGGUCCGAAAAUAAGCGACGAGAACAGAUCAGAUCAACAUUCGACAGUUUGGUGAAGGUGGUGCCGGAUUUGACAGAGUCAGAAAAUAGGUCAGAAUACGCUGUUCUGUCUAAGACGUCCAACUAUAUUCGUCAACUUCGUGUGGACAAUCAGAGACUACUACAGAUAGCAAAGGAGCGUGGUAUAGAGGUUCCAGAUGACCUGAAAGAAUAA